AUGUCGCGAGACAAAUCGUUAAAGUCUGUAUCUGAUGCAUUACUAAAACGACACUUGGCUCAAUUAAAUCUCGUCGUAGGGAUUGUUGUUUUCAUUCAUUCAGCUAGAGGUGUUUACGGAAUCGAAUUAAGUAGAAUUAAUAAAGAGCAAAGUUAUUUGACAAACGUUUAUUACGCUAAAACAUGGUUCAAUAAAUUGGGCUUAAUGUCAUUUUUAUGUCAGAAGAAGUCAUAA